CUAUAUGUGACAUAUUAUAUCAGGUACGAGAGAUGGGAAGAUCAAUGUUAAUCAUCACGCACAGUAUACAAGAAGCUGAAGCAAUGUGCAUUCGUGUUGGAAUUUUAGUGAAAGGACGAUUUGUAACAAUUGAUUCCUGCGAAAAUUUGAAAAGAAAACAUGGUAAUAAUUUCAUUCUAAGCAUUAGUGUAAUGCCCGCAUUUCAGGAUCAACAUAUAAUAACAAUUAACAAUAUUUUGAACGAGGCAUUUCCUGGAAUUAAAUUAAAAGAUUUUCAUAUGGGAAUUAUCCAGUAUGAGUUAGAUAGUGAUAUUUCACACAGUAAUGUAUUCGACGUAUUAGAACAAUUAAGACGAAGGCACCCAUGGUUAACAGAUUUUACCGUAAAUCAAUCGUCAAUGGAUCAAGUUUUUCUCGAUUUAGCUACAAAGAAUAAUUCAAUUACUCAAAAUCAAGUAAUACGGAGAAGAAAAUUCUUUGAUUUUUUGAAGCGUUUUAGACGAAGAAGCAAUCCUAGAGCUCCAAUUUUAAUAAACUCAUGAGAAAUGGUUUCAAAUUCUUCGGAUUAUCCAAUGGAUAUUUUGAAAGAAUAUCAUUCAAAUCGAUCGACAAAGGCAUUACCCAUUUUCCU